GAUGACGAACAAGAUAAUGAUGAGACGGAGAGCGAUGACACUGAUGAUGCCCUGCAACUGUUUGUGGAAAAAGGAAAGGGAGCCAUUAAGAAGGAAUCUGCCAGGAAAUCUAAGUGGCCUGAAAAAGUACUAGAUGACUUUAUCGACAUUGUUGUCAGUAGCAACAGUUAUAAAAGAAAGCUAAUCUUCACCCACUGCAAAAGCCAAAAAAAUGGGCCCAUUUACGAAAAGAUAUUAGAAGAGCUUAAUGUAAGGGCCUUUAGCAGAGGUGAAGUAAUCGCAUCUACUGUCCCUCAGUUACGUAGCAAGUUUAAAAAGUGUGUCAGCGUCUAUAAGCAGGCAGUUCUGACACAAAAAAGCCGCCACCAGAAUCAAGAGGUUUCAAGAGUACCGUGGUUUUGGGAAGUGGUUUCAUGCUCUCCUUGA